AUGAAUCGACCAAUUGAUCAUGUGGAGAAGGUGUUCAACACCAUCCUUGCUUUUAUUGUAGUUCCUGUUAAUUUGCUGGCAAUUGUUAUGCUUUCACGGGGAAAGUGCGGUGUGUCCUGUUGCACUACUCGCUACCUCGUGCUUAUGGCAGCUGCAGAUCAGAUGGUCAUGAUCGCUGAGGUCAUACUGAGGAAAUUUUCCUAUUAUUAUUUCCCACAGUCUUUCCUGGACAUCACUCCUGUGUGUCGUGUUAUUGGGGCCAUGUCUCGUUUUGCCAUUGACUGCUCUGUUUGGUUCACUGUCACUUUCUCCUUUGACCGAUUUGUGACCAUUUGUUGUCAGAAGCUGAAAACAAAAUAUUGUACAGAGAAAACUGCAACUGUGAUACUAGCAACAACCUGCACCCUGUUCUGUUUGAAAAACAUCCCCUUCUAUUUUCAAUAUGAGCCUCUGAGGAUAAUCAACAAUGUGCCAUUCCACUGUAAAACAAAGUCAAGCUACUUUACUGAGACUUGGUGGGUGGCAUUAGAUUGGCUUGAUACGGCUUUGACACCUUUACUGCCAUUCGCUUUAAUUCUGUGGCUCAAUGCGGUGACAGUCAGACACAUUUUAGUGACCAGUCGAGUCCGAAAGAAGCUGAAGGGUGAGAGCAAAGAAGAAAAUCGCAGAGACCCAGACAUGGAGAGCAGAAGGAAAUCUGUGAUUUUGCUACUCGCCAUAUCGGGGAUCUUCAUCCUCCUGUGGUUAAUGUAUAACGUAAAUUUCUUAUAUUAUGUCAUUCAAGGAGUCAAUCCUGCCAAUUACCCAUCUUUUCUUUAUGACUUUGAUAAAGUUGGUAUCAUGUUGCGGAACCUAAGUUGUUGCACAAACACAUUUAUUUCUACGGCAUCAUUGUCAAGGUUCAGAGCAAAGAUCAGGAAUGCAGUAAAAUACCUGGUUACACUAAUUCCUUGCAUUAUGAGCAAAUAA